UAGACUCAUUUUGGCUCAUCUGUGGACAGACUACACACUCACUCAGAGCGAUGACUGUACUGAAUUAUCCACCGGUUUUCUGUGAUUUCUCCAGCGAAGCCAGAUCCACCACCACCACCCGCCCUUAAAAUAAAGCUGCUGUGAAACAAGUCAGCAUCAUUGCCGUUGUCUAACAGCUGGGAUUUACACUUUACAAUGUCUUGAGACGCGACGGGGACGCUACAGAGAUGAUGACAGAUUACCGGGAGGAUGGCAUGGACCUGGGGAGCGAUGUAUCCAGUCGCUCCAGCUCAGAGUCUAAUUCCAACAAGGUUACACCUUGCUCCCCUUCUCUUGACCUGGCCACUUUAGAGGACUACAAAUCCUCCCCCUCUCUGGACCUGGUCACCUUAGAGGACUAUGAGGAGGAUGAGGACUACCAAGAGUAUAAGAAGAAGGUGAUAGAGGAGUGGGAGAGCGAGUAUGGAGAGGACUACACCUCUCCACAGCCUCCUAGUCAGGAAGAAGGCGGAGGAAGCAUUGUUGGGGUUGACGGCCUUGGCGAAGGCUACAGGAAGACAGUAAACAGUCGCAGCCUCGCUGAAGAAUUCCAGGAUGUGAAGACCGUCCCACCCCUCCCGGCCCCCAGCGAACGUACUGCAACCUCAGUCGCAGUUGUCCCAGAUGAACUGAAACAGAACGGCAAUCUCAUUUUGCCCAGGAGCAGCCAGCUCCACUCCCCCGGUACACCACAGGGAGGCACAGGGACUCUCAAGCCCAGCCACCGCAGCUCCAGUCAAGGCAGGGGGAGCCGCAGCACUGGCGGAGAGAGGAGGAGGGUGUAG